CUCACUCCUACCGGGUACUUCCGUUCCGGCUCGCCGAACCGUGGGUUCUGUAACUUCUGGAGUUCCUUCAAAGCUCUCUGUUUGAUCUUAAAAGGCCUCUGAAGUCUAAGCCCUCAAACUACCAAUCCUCACCGGUAGGGACACAAAAUAGUCGUCUCAUUGUUUCCUUGGGGCCUAAACUGACCCUGCUGAGCCUGAUGGGAGUUGUAGUCUUGUUAAACGAUCCUUCCGAUAACUGCGGAAGGUCACGCUGAAAGUAAAGGAAAUGACCUGGCACGGUGCGCAAGCGUUUCUGGGAAUGGUAGUCCAGAAGCCCCGCGGCCCAUCGGGAGAGCGCGAAGAUGACAGCGGCCAAGGAACUGCAACUCCCAGGAUGCUUUGCGGCUCUUCCUUUCACCUUCUUCAGCCCCUCUCGCGACCGUCCCCUUCGGCCCCUUCUCUAUGCCGCACAGCCUGUUUAGAAAGGCUGGUCCGGUGGCUGAGCCUGGCGCUGUCCUGAGCGGGAGGGCUCGGUGUGGAAGAGGACCGUUCUUGGGAGUCAGCAUGCUCGGAGCUGGAAAUUUCCAGUGAGCAAUCGGCAGCAGCUAGUUGAGAACGUAGCAUCUGGUUCUGAACGAGCAUGUCCUCUCCCAAGGUCUCUCCAGGCUCUGGUGUUGGCCGUGAAGAUGAACCGGACAAAGGGUGAUGAGGAAGAAUAUUGGAACAGCUCCAAGUUCAAGGCUUUCACUUUUGAUGAUGAAGAUGAUGAGCUCUCACAGUUAAAAGAAUCCAAACGGGCAGUGAAUAGCCUUCGAGACUUCGUGGAUGACGACGAUGACGAUGACCUGGAGCGAGUCAGCUGGACUGGAGAACCUGUGGGAAGUAUCUCGUGGUCCAUCAAAGAGACUGCUGGGAACAGCGGGUCAACCCCUGAAGGACGGGAACAGCUAAAGGGCCGGAACAGCUUCUACACACAGCUCCCCAAACCUACUUCUACCUACUCCCUGAGCAGCUUCUUUAAAGGCAGAACGAGACUUGGGAGUUUCCAGUCCCUUUCUGAUGCUCUGUCAGACACACCUGCCAAAAGUUAUGCUCCAGAGCUGGGGAGGCCUAAAGGGGAGUACAGGGAUUAUAGCAACGACUGGAGCCCCAGUGACACAGUGCGACGCCUACGCCGGGGCAAGGUCUGCUCACUAGAACGAUUCCGCUCCCUACAGGACAAGCUGCAGCUCCUAGAGGAAGCAGUAAGCAUGCAUGAUGGAAACGUCAUCACUGCAGUUCUGAUCUUCCUGAAGAGGACCCUAAGCAAAGAGAUCCUCUUCCGAGAGCUGGAGGUACGCCAGGUCGCCCUGAGACAUCUCAUUCAUUUCCUUAAAGAAAUAGGGGACCAAAAGCUGCUUUUGGAUCUCUUCAGGUUCCUAGAUAGAACAGAAGAGCUGGCGCUAACCCAUUAUCGAGAGCAUUUAAACAUUCAGGACCCUGAAAAACGAAAAGAAUUUCUUAAGACUUGCAUUGGUUUGCCAUUUUCAGCAGAAGACUCUGCGCACAUACAGGACCACUACACGCUCCUGGAACGCCAGAUCAUCAUUGAGGUGAACGAUCGACAUCUCGAGUCUGCGGGGCAGACUGAGAUCUUCCGGAAGCACCCCCGUAAGGCUUCCAUUCUCAACAUGCCACUGGUGACGACGCUCUUCUACGCCUGCUUCUAUCACUACACGGAGUCCGAGGGGACCUUCAGCAGUCCCAUCAACCUGAAGAAGACAUUCAAGAUCCCAGAUAAACAGUAUGUGCUAACAGCCUUGGCUGCUCGUGCCAAGCUUCGAGCCUGGAAUGAUGUUGAUGCCCUCUUCACCACAAAGAACUGGUUGGGUUACACCAAGAAGAGAGCACCCAUUGGCUUCCAUCGAGUCGUGGAAAUUUUGCACAAGAACAGUGCCCCCGUCCAGAUCCUGCAGGACUAUGUCAACCUGGUGGAAGAUGUGGACACAAAGCUGAACUUAGCUACUAAGCUCAAGUGCCAUGACGUUGUUAUUGAUACCUGCCGCGACCUGAGGGACCGCCAGCAGUUGCUUGCCUACAGGAGCAAAGUGGAUAAAGGAUCUGUUGAGGAAGAGAAGAUCGAUGCCGUCCUCAGCAGUUCGCAAAUUCGGUGGAAGAACUGAGGGUCGGUGGCUGUCCCGAAACCUGCCUCACUUCCUACUUCUCUGCCUGUGAAGAUAGAGUGCGCUCUCCUUGGGGGAGUCCCAGCAUUCAGCCACGUGAGCCUGACACCCGCAGGCAGGGCCUGCUGCUUUGGGGACAGAGACCAGCAUCUGAGCCCAUGAACUUGAGGCUGGUCUGUCCCAGGGAUAUUAUCUAAAAGCCGGUACCUAAGGCUUUGACUCACAGCAAAGCCGCUCUGCACCCGGUGCUGUGGAGAGGUGGGAGCCCAUCCUGGCUAAGAUGUCUUGGUCAGAGAAGUGACUGCCCCAGAAGGACAUCUGAACCAAGAGCUACAGUGUCGCAGGGCGGUCAAGACAUUCCCUCUCAGCCAUUCUGACCCAGGACCUGGUGUGAGACAUGGGCAUUUCUGCUCUAAAGGAUGUCAGAACUAAAUGGACUCUUCAGGAGCCUCAGGAAGGAAUACGAGUAUUGCUCAGGACCUGCUGGAAACCAGACUCAAAUUCUCAAGCACAGGGCCACCCAUCUUAUGACAGACGCUUCCUAGACGUGGUAUCUUCAGCCAGUGUCCAUCCGCUGUCCUUUUGUUCAUAGCUUAGGGUCCCACUCUCCCCUGCACACUGUCCGUGUGGUGCGCCAUCUGCUUCCCCCGUCCCCUCCUUCGGUCUUGGAUGCAGUCUUACAUGGGAUUCGGAUCCACCAGUGCUGGAGCACUCAUCUUUUAUGCAGACAUCACUUCACCAGAAGCAGCCACAAGUCUCACCUGAGCUAAUGUGGCAGAACUUCACCUGGCUAUCUCAACAGAGGUUUUGUUCCCCACUUGGCCUGCUGGGGACCUCAGCAGUGUUAGGUUCUGCCCUGUGCCUCCCUGAACUGGAUUUCCCUGACAUGCCUACACUCCUAAUAAAACUGUUGCAGUCUUGGUGCCCUCUC